CUGGUCGUUAGGCGGAUUACCGACACAACUUAACAUGUAAAUCGUCGGACAAUUAAGACGGACUUAAGUAAACAUAUUAUUAUACUUAAUGGCAAAAUUGAUAUGAAGAUUUAUUUGUUGUUGGUGGGUGGGGGCGGGACGGGCGGGCGGAUCGGCCGACCCACUCCACUCCACAUCUGUGAGUGCGGCCGCGGGACGUGCCACCAGCGCGAACAAUCAAGCGGGAAAAUUGCCUAAAAAAGUUCAAACUUUUUUCUUUUUUUCUGACCUAUGAGGUCGUAAACUCCAUCCCAAAAGUGGCCAGUAUUGUUUUGUGAUCCAAAAAGUUUAGUGAAGAGGUGAAACAGUGAAGUGUGAAAAUGUUGAACGCAAUCAGUAAAAAAGUGUUGUGUUUUUGCGGAUACAAAUUUGAAGUGCAAUGGAUUAGUUUUGAUGGAAGAUUUUAAUGGCGCAUCUGUAACAGGAUACAGAGUUUGAUUUGUUCGCGAGGAUACUUGAUACCAUCAUGAGGAUAAGGAAUCACACACACGUUCCUGAGAAAGCGAAAGGGAAGAAGCGGAAAUUGCGCGACUACGCCGAGCGGCUGGCGCGGGUGCCUCGGGAGGAGACCCGGGCGGACGUGGACGCGCAUAGCAACCCCACCAAAGUACUGUUCCCGGGCGCGUGCGAGCAGCUGUCGUGCGGGCCGGACGCCGCCUGCAUGCCCACCAACGACCAUCGCCAGCACUACUGUCUCUGCACCGAGAACGGACAGCCGCCCACCGAGGACUACAAGUGCCCUAGGAACACUGUACCUCUAACACCAAAGCCGAUCUACAAUGUCAUACCGCCAAGAUCAAACAACUCAAACAGUUCGACACACAAAUACACCGCUCCUGCGCCCACACCUCCAAUGAUCAAGUCAGUGAGCGUGGAAGAGUUCCCUGAGGUGACGGGCACCAACGCGAGCAUGGUGGGGGCUGGCGUGGUGGCCUCGGCCAACGCUGGCGCGCUGGCGGCUGCCGUGGCCGUCGGCGGAGCCCUAGUCCUGCUGCUACUGGCCUCGAUAGUCAUUUGUUAUAUGAGGAGACGGUUCUGCGUGGUCGCCGGGAAGACGCAGCCGCGGGUGCGACCCGGGGAGCCUCUGAUAGCGGAGCGCUACAUCCGGAACCCUCACUACGGGUUCUACCGGGCCGGCACCAUGAGCUCCACGGGAACCCCCGGGCUGCCAGCCAAUGGGAAUGGAGAAGACAACGGGGAACCCCAUGUGCCGCUGCUGGACAGAAAUGCGCUCACUUUCCUUGAAGAGGUUGGGGAGGGGUGCUUCGGGAAAGUUCAUAAAGGCAUCCUCCGCACGAACAACGGAGAAGAGAUAGUGGCGGUGAAGGUGCUGAAGGAGAGCGCGGGCCGCAGUGCCGAGGAGGACUUCGUGAGAGAGGUGUCCAUCAUGUCCGCCUUCCGACACCCCAACAUACUGACGCUGCUCGGGGUCGUGUACAGGGACGACACGAGCUCGAGCCCGUGGAUGGUGUUCGAGUACAUGGAGUGGGGCGACCUGGCGGGGGUGCUGCGCGGCGCGCGGCACGGCGGGCGCGGGCCGGCGCUGGACGCCGCGGCGCUGCUGCUCGUGGCGCGGCAGGUGGCCCGCGGCAUGCAGUACCUGGCCGCGCGCCGCUUCGUGCACCGCGACCUCGCCGCCAGGAACUGCCUCGUGGGCGCGCGCCUCGCCGUCAAGAUCGCCGACUUCGGCAUGUCGCGAGACGUCUACACCUGCGAUUACUACAAAAUGGGCGGCGAAAGACCAAUGCCCGUGCGCUGGAUGUCCCCCGAGAGCAUCAUCUACGCGCGCUUCACGCACGAGUCCGACGUCUGGUCGUUCGGCGUAGUGCUGUGGGAGAUAUACAGCCGAGGCAAGCAGCCGUUCUACGGACACAACAAUGAUGGUGCCACGAAGCUGAUCCUGCAGGGCAUCGUGCUGGUGCCGCCCGAGGACUGCCCGCGGUUCGCGUGCGACCUGAUGCGGUGCUGCUGGCGGUCGGACCCCAAGGAUAGGAUUAGUUUCGAUGAGAUCUGCAGUAAGCUGGAGGCGGCGGCGGCGGCGGACGGGCCGGCGACGCAGGCGCGGCUGCCGCGGCCGCCGCCGCAGCCGCAGGACUCGGCCGGGUACCUGAUCCCGGUGCCGCUGCCGCCGCCCGACUACCUGGCCGCGCUGCCCGACGCUGAUGACGACCUGGACUCGGCCUCCAGCGAGGAGGAGGACGAGUACACCUGACCCACCCCCCGCGCCCCCGGCCCCGCCCCGCUCCGCUCCGCCGCCACCGUACACUUCACGCUCCUGCCUGAGACCACUGCUGCACGAUACAUAAGUUAAGCACUGUGCUACAGUUUUAUUAGUUAAGGAUAGUUAGGUACUGCAAUUCAAUUCUUCAACUCAUAUUUUAAUGACAGGUAUAUUUCAAUGGGAAAUCAAGCGUAUGGAAUAGACCUAUGGCUACCACCAUCAUCACCAUUAUAUGGCUAUGUAGGAUGAUGUAAGUACAUGGUGGAAAGGAUAAUACUCAAUUAUAAUUAUUAAUAAGUAAGUGUGAUAUUUUAUUAAUCUAGUAUUUGUAAAUACGGGCCAUAGUUUAGGAGUUUACAUUAUUAU